CAAAGUGUUUGUUUCGCUUGACAAGAUCUUUCUUUCUUGGUCACGCACGCGUGUAUAUUUUUUUAGAAAAAAAAAUAUGUUCUUAACACAUAGUUCCGAUACUUGUCAAAAGAGGGACAAUCUAGGCGGGAAGGCAUCGUCGGCAUUGUUUAUAGUCUCUUUCGAAACGCAACGAGGCCAAUAAUAAGAAUAUUACAAAUAAAUAACUAAAAAGACACAAUAUUACAUUAACAUUCCUAGAGCUGCAUUUUCAGGUGUGUGAAACAAUUCCUUAGUUGUAUUAUGACAUCGAAACGAUCCACCGAACAAGCUGAAUCCAUCGACAAUGCCGACCUGUCAGGAGACGAUAUGGAAGAUACUGCCAGCAGCAUAGGCAGUUCUUCCACGUUGGACACUGCCUCGAGAAGUGACACUCCGACUUUGAAACCCAAAAAACGUGGCAAACCUGGCAGAAAAAAGGGCUCUAAAAUUCCAAAAAUCAACUACAAAUUUAGUUCUUUCAUCAAAGAGGAUCAUGGCCAACCUUUGUUUGGUGUACAAUUCAACCACUUACUUAGAGAGGGCCAACCACUUGUUUUUGCCACAGUUGGCAGCCACAGGAUAUCAGUUUAUGAAUGCCCUGAAACUGGUGGGAUAAAGCUGCUUCAGACAUAUGCAGACCCUGAUGUAGAAGAAAACUUCUACACCUGUGCUUGGUCCUAUGAUGAAGAAUCUGGGAAACCCAUUUUGGCAGCUGCCGGCUCCAGGGGCAUUGUUCGAAUAAUUAGUCCAGCCACAAUGAGCAGCAUCAAGCAUUAUGUUGGUCACGGACACGCCAUCAACGAACUGAAAUUCCACCCGACCGACCCCAAUUUGCUUCUGUCCGUUUCCAAGGAUCACGCACUUCGACUGUGGAACAUUCGAACCGAUCAGUGCAUCGCCAUUUUCGGCGGUGUCGAAGGGCACCGGGACGAAGUGCUCAGCGCCGAUUUCGACCUGGAGGGUCGCCGGGUUAUCUCGUGCGGAAUGGAUCACUCGCUGAAAUUCUGGCGACUCGACACGGACGCCAUCGAGAAAGCUAUCGGCGAUUCCUACACGUUCGCGCCCAGUAAAAGUUCCAGGCCGUUCGCCACCGUCCAGGAAAAUUUCCCCAAUUUCUCCACUCGUGACAUCCACAGGAAUUACGUCGAUUGCGUCCGCUGGCUCGGCGAUUUCGUCCUCUCCAAGUCGUGUGAAAAUACCAUCGUUUGUUGGCGACCUGGCCGUUUGGCAAACAAUGGAAUUCGAGUCAUGAACAAUAAUGCAGUAACGGUUCUUCACCGGUUCGACUAUCGCGAAUGUGACAUCUGGUUCAUGCGAUUCUCGUUGGAUUCGUGGAACAAAGUUAUGGCGUUAGGUAAUCAAGUUGGCAAGACUUUUGUAUGGGAUCUCGAUACUGAUGACCCCAUGGCAUCUCGCCAUUUAGUUUUGACACAUCCAAAAUGCGUUACGGCCAUUCGACAGACGGCACUCAGUCGUAAUGGGCACGUAUUGCUCUGCGUGUGUGAUGACGCGACAGUUUGGCGUUGGGAUCGAAUCCUAUAAUCGUGUAUGCAUGAAUAUCUCUAUUUUUUGCACGCUAUUUUCGUGCUCUAAAAUGAAUUAUACCUCC